GUUGUCCCUGAUUGAUAUUUGAUUUAUGGUGGUGCAGAUUGCAUUUUUUUUAAAAGAUAAAAUCUUGAUUGAUUAUAAGGAAAACACGAGAUGGGUUUGAUUGAAUAUUUCAAGUCUGUAGAUUGGGAGCAUGAAUCGUAUCCAGUGUAUGAGGAUUUCGUUUUCCUUCCCUUCUUGGCCCUGUUCUUCCCAUCAGUACGGUUCUUUCUUGACAGAUUUGUUUUCGAGAAAGUGGCAAAAAGAUUAAUUUUUGGAAAGGGGCAUCGGAUGCUGGGUGUUGAGACGGAUGAGACAAGGAAGAAGAUCAGAAAAUUUAAGGAGUCAGCUUGGAAAUGUGUGUAUUAUCUUUCAGCAGAGCUUCUUGCUCUCUCUGUAACUUAUGAAGAGCCAUGGUUUACUAACACAACAAACUUUUGGGUGGGGCCAGGAGAUCAAGUCUGGCCUGACCAAAAAAUGAAGUUUAAAUUGAAGGGUGUUUAUAUGUAUACUGCUGGAUUUUAUACAUAUUCUAUAUUUGCUCUGAUUUUCUGGGAAACAAGGCGGUCCGACUUUGGUGUGUCAAUGGGUCAUCAUGUGGCAACUGUGAUUCUUAUUAUCCUUUCUUAUAUAUUAAGGUUUGCUCGUGUUGGAUCAGUUGUCUUAGCUCUCCAUGAUGCUAGUGAUGUAUUUCUGGAGGUAGGAAAGAUGUCCAAAUACAGUGGUGCUGAGACAAUGGCUAGCUUGGCAUUUAUCCUUUUUGUCUUGUCUUGGAUCUUGCUGCGCCUCAUUUACUAUCCAUUCUGGGUCCUAUGGAGUACAAGCUAUGAAGUCAUCUUGACAUUGGACAAGGAAAAACACCCUGUGGAUGGGCCGAUUUGUUACUAUGUCUUUAAUUCUCUCCUAUACUGCUUGCUUGUUCUUCAUAUAUAUUGGUGGGUCUUGAUGUUUCGAAUGCUUGUUAAACAAAUCCAGGCCAGAGGCCAGCUUGGUGAUGAUGUUCGAUCUGAUUCUGAUAGUGAAGAUGAGCAUGAAGAUUGACCAGGAAAAGGUAACAUCCCGUGAUUCAUAAAAGGGGGAAGCAUCCAUUGUUUACAUUAUUGAUGUGCUCGUGGGCUCAAAUGAAACAACUGUAUAUCAGGAAGUUUUGUCCUAAUUGAAGGAGUUUUAUAUUGAUUUUUUAUCAGAUGGGAAAGCAAUUUACAAGGUAAAAAUUCGAGGAAGUUUGAAUGUUGAUUCGAGCUUUAAACCUCAUUGGAUUAACCAUCUUAAAUACAUCUCCUGCACAACGAUGAAUGUGCCAAGGAAGUUUACAUUAGUUGGAGAUGCAAAUAUGAAAUCUCUAGGAAUUGUUAUACUCCUACCUGUUAUUUUGAGGUUAAAGCACGUUGCGCUUUUAAUCGUAUGCUUGAAUUUCUAUGUUACGUUUUCACCUGGGGGCAAACAUUAACAUCAAAAAAUUUUAAAGAACUGGUGAUUAAAAACCAAAUUUUCUCAUCCUCUUUACUCCUUUCACCUCCUUCAAUCUACACUCACAGUUAAAAGCUCUGGCAUUUGAAAACUUCACAUUCUAUGAAGAACUGAAUUGUAUUUUGUUUGUGCCUAUAGCAAGGCUUUGGAGCACUGGUGUGUAUAGGUUGUUUUUGUUGAAUUUGGUGCAGAUGAUAAAUAAUACCAAGGUUGGAUGGUUGAUGGGUGGUACACACAACUUGAGUUGUCGCCACUGCCGGCUGCAAAAAUGCCAUUUUUCUCUGAGUUGAUAUGGUAGGUCCAGAUUCUUUAUUCAUGGUAAUUGACUGACUGGUGCCCACUUGCAAUGCCCAUACCUCAAUGCAUAUUCCAGCAAAUAUGUCAGUGCUGUCGGUUGAUCUUGUACCUGGAAAUGAGAUUGGAGUUUGGAACUACAUCACUGUUAAUCUGUCUCUUUCUCUAUCUGAGAGACAUUGUUAGUCAUGAAGUUUCUGUGAUGACUGUAUCAGUUUAUAGCCAUCCUUGAGGACCACAAGAAUUAUGCAGUUGUCUCUGUCUCUCUUUCCUCUGUAGGUUUGUCUACCAAACUCUCUUUUCUGUGUUUCUUUUCAGAAGGAUAGAAUAGGAGAGGAAGACCGACCUAUGUAUGGAGCAAAAACAGUAUCAUAACAACGGGUGGUUGUAUGAGAUGUUAAACUUAACCGCGCUAACUCUUAACGCAAGUGGGAGAUCGUGAAUUCAAAU